ACUUUCUUCUCCCAGCAGCUCCAAUGCUCAGCUUCGAGCAAUCCUACGCACCAUCCCGAAACAUGAAGCUUCUGCUUGUUGAACCCUCAGGAUCCUACUUCAACGACUCGUGCUGCUCCGAGCCCAAUUCGCCGGAUUCCGGAUUCUCAUCCGAUGACAGCAUCUCGUCGGACGCCUCGUUUGCAGAGAGACUCACCCGCUCGAAAACCCUCCCAUCAGCUCUCCGCCGCAGCCGCUCCAAGCAGAGUGUGAAGAGAGUCCGCUUCGCCGACUCGCUGGGCCUGGACCUUGAGAAUCUUCAAUAUUUUGUCAAGGAAGAUCUUCACCUCCAAAAGUUCAACAUCCACUUCUCGACACCAUCCUCGUCUACACCACCACCACAAUUGCCACACUUCCCGAAACAGCUCAUCAAUCAACCGGCCCCCCGUCUCGUGCUCCACAACUUCCCCUACCGUUCCGAACAGGAGUAUCAAGUGAAGACUCGGGAUUCGAGAGUGUGUGUGGCGGCUCUUCGAGCAUCCGGCAGCAGCAUCGUCGGACAGGUCAACUUGUUGAAUGUCGCGUUUGAUAAGGUGGUAGUGGUACGGUAUACCAUUGACGGAUGGGCGACUCAGGACGAGAUUGUCGCCAGUUAUAGCCAUCGGCUGUUUGACACUGAGGACAUUGAUGCGUUCAAUUUUACAAUCGCAAUUCCGGUCAAACUUUCGGAAGGCAAAUGCGAAUUCUGUGUGCAAUACCAAGUGGCCGGCGCCGAAUUCUGGGACAACAACGGCGGCGACAACUACAUUGUGAACGUCUCCACGAAAGGCCCAAGCUCUCCAUUUACUCGCUGCUAUGGAGCCUCAACCGGCCUUCCAGAUGCUCCACGUGGCAGCACUCGCCGCCAGCAACAACGCCGCUGGGGCCGUGCGCUAGAGGAGUCUGACGAGGAGACGCCCUACGUGUCCUCGGCUCCACGCCGUGGAGCACAUUUUCACUGAAACCAUAUUUUAAUCUAUUUUCUUUCUUUGUUUGACAAUACUAUAUUCACUUUUUUCUCUUAACUUUUUUUUCUAUGUUCCCAUGACUUGCCAGCCAUCCAUAUUUUCCCACCCUUCAACCAUGUGUUCUUCCCCUGCUCCGGGUAUUGAAAUUUUUGCACAAUUUUACGGGUUUUUUGUAUUAUUUUUCUCAUAUUUUUUCCUAUUUAGUUUUUUUGCCCACUAGCUUUUCCGUGUCAAAUACCGCAUAUCAAUUUCUUCCUCCAAACCUGUGUGAAUGUAUUUUGUAACGCAACUUGUUUUGACAUGGAUCUAGUUUUUUUUUUGUAGUAUCUGAUAUUUAUUUUUUCGCGAUCUUAUAUAGUAGUAGUCGUACCUAAUUUUUUAUUGCAAAUAAAGAAUCUACGGCACCCCGU